GGUAAUAAACCAUUCAUAAAUCUCCAUUGCUGUUUAAACAAAUUGAAAUAAGCAGUUUCUCUCAUAAAGUUCUUAACUUCCCUGUUCACUCAGCCAUUAAUCUUCUGCAAUCCCCGAGUCGGAACCACUUCAGAGACUGUUGUAAACCUAUAAACUAAAGAACCCAGAAGUAGUUUUCAGCUUUUGUCUCGGAGAACUUAAAUUCGCCAACCCAGCAUGACGGAUAAUGAUAACAGUAAAAGCACGGCGACCAAUGUGGCUCGAGCGAUUGUUGUCGCACUUGAUUGGAGUUCUACUCCCGACGCCCGCAGAGCGGCCGUUUCCUUCUUAGAAUCCAUCAAGACUGGAGAUGUAAGGAUUUUGGCAAACACAUCAUUCCUUCUAGUCAGAAAGGACUGGUCUUCCGAGAUUCGUUUACAUGCAUUUAAAAUGUUGCAGCAUUUGGUUCGGCUGCGGUGGGAGGAAUUGAAUCCUUCAGAACGUAGGAGUUUUGCUAAUGUUGCUGUUGACUUAAUGUCGGAGAUUGCUAAUCCUUGUGAAGAAUGGGCUCUUAAGAGUCAGACAGCUGCACUUGUUGCUGAGAUAGUUCGAAGGGAAGGACCAAAUCUGUGGCAAGAGUUCCUUCCUUCUCUAGUUUCUUUAUCCAGCCAGGGUCCAGUACAAGCUGAGUUGGUCUCGAUGAUGCUGAGGUGGCUUCCUGAAGAUAUUACAGUUCACAAUGAAGAUUUGGAAGGUGAUCGGCGUAGACUACUAUUACGUGGGCUUACUCAAUCAUUGCCUGAAAUUUUGCCUCUGUUGUAUACUCUUCUGGAAAGGCAUUUUGGAGCUGCAUUAAGUGAAGCGAGUAGGCAGCAAGUCGAUGUUGCCAAACAGCAUGCCACUGCAGUAACAGCUAGUUUGAAUGCCAUCAAUGCAUAUGCUGAGUGGGCCCCUUUGCCUGAUCUAGCUAAAUAUGGGAUCAUUCAUGGGUGUGGUUUUUUACUCUCUUCUCCUGACUUCCGACUUCAUGCCUGCGAGUUUUUCAAACUAGUCUCUCCAAGAAGGAGACCUACUGAUGCUUCUGCCACUGAAUUUGACUCUGCAAUGAGCAAUAUCUUCCAGAUUUUGAUGAAUGUCUCCAGAGAAUUUUGGUACAGAUCAGCAUCAAGUGGGGCUAUAGAUGAAAGUGAUUAUGAAUUUGCAGAGUACGUAUGUGAGAGUUUGGUGACUUUGGGUUCUUCAAACUUGCAAUUUAUUGCUGGUGAUGGAAACAUAUUUCCAAUUUAUUUGCAAGAGAUGCUCGGAUUCUUUCAACAUUUUAAGCUGGCUCUUCAUUAUCAAUCCCUGUUGUUUUGGCAGGCAUUGAUGAGAGAUUUAAUGUCGAAGCCCAAGGGUGCUUCUCAUCCAGCUGGAGAUGGUUCAACAAAUAAUAAUGUGGACAGCUCUGGACAGGUUAACAACGAAAAAAGAAAGAUUUUAAGUUAUGUGAAUGAUGAUAUUUGUAGCGCGAUUUUGGAUAUAUCUUUCCAGCGCAUGCUUAAGAAGGAAAAAGUUCUUCCUGGAAUGGACCUUUCUCUGGUUCCCUUGGAGUUAUGGAGUGAAGGUUUCGAAGGCAAGGGUGACUUUGGCCAGUAUCGUUCAAGGCUUUUGGAGCUGAUCAAGUUCAUUGCUUCCUACAAACCCAUCAUAGCCAGUUCUAAAAUUUCUGAAAGAAUUAUUUCAAUCAUUACAAGACUCUUGGUUUCUCCAAUGCCUGCUCAGGAUUUAGCGGUGAUGGAGAGCCUGCAAGUGGCUCUAGAAAAUGUUGUGAGCACUGCUUUUGAUGGGUCGAAUGAUUUUGGUCGAGGUAGUCCCGAAGUUCAGGUUGUGCUGCAUGGAAUCUUUGAAGGUCUGCUUCAGCAACUUUUGUCUCUGAAAUGGACUGAACCAGCUCUUGUGCAAGUACUUGGCCACUAUUUAGAUGCAAUGGGACCCUUUUUAAAGUAUUUCCCUGAUGCAGUUGGCAGUGUCAUCAAUAAACUAUUUGAGCUUCUAACUUCACUUCCUCUUGUUGUCAAGGAUCCUGCUACAAGUAGUUCAAGACUUGCAAGAUUGCAGAUUUGUGCAUCAUUUAUACGAAUAGCCAAGGCUGCUGACAAAAGCAUACUGCCUCACAUGAAGGGUAUAGCUGAGACCAUGGCAUAUUUGCAAAGAGAAGGUGGUUUGCGUCGUGGAGAGCAUAAUCUUCUUGGUGAAGCAUUUCUUGUUAUGGCAUCCGCUGCUGGAGUUCAACAACAGCAUGAAGUUUUGGCUUGGUUACUGGAACCUUUAAGCCAGCAAUGGCUGCAACUAGAGUGGCAGAAUAAUUAUUUGUCCGAACCACUAGGUCUGGUUCGUCUCUUUGCUGAUACACCUCUCAUGUGGUCAAUAUUCCACACUGUGACAUUCUUUGAGAAGGCACUUAAGAGGAGUGGAAUCAGAAAAGAUAAUUUGAAUUUACAAAACAGCUCUACAAUUUCACAUCCAAUGGCGUCUCAUCUAUCUUGGAUGCUGCCUCCUCUGUUAAAGCUGCUUCGUGCUAUACAUUCCCUUUGGUCCCCAUCAGUAUAUCAGUCAUUGCCUGCGGAGGUUAAAGCAGCAAUGUCAAUAACUGAUGUCGAGCGAUUUAGUCUUCUAGGAGAAGGAAAUCCUAAGCUGUCAAAGACUGCUUUGACUUUUGCAGAUGACACAAGUAAUGACGGAUAUGCAGAACCAAAUGAAUCUGAUAUACGGAACUGGUUAAAGGGUAUCAGAGACAGUGGGUACAACGUAUUGGGCCUAUCAACAACAAUUGAGGAUGCAUUUUUCAAAUGUUUGGACGUGAGUUCUGUCACCAUAUCCCUCAUGGAGAAUGUACAAUCAAUGGAAUUCAGGCAUAUAAGGCAGCUUGUUCAUUCCAUUUUAAUUCCUUUGGUUAAAUCUUGCCCUCCAGACAUGUGGCAGUCGUGGCUGGAAAAGCUCCUAUAUCCAUUAUUUAUUCAUUCUCAGCAAGCAAUUACAAGCUCAUGGUCCAGUCUUUUGCACAAUGGCCGAGCAAGGGUUCCAGAUACCUAUAACACAUUUGGUGGCCCAGAUUUAAAAGUGGAAGUCAUGGAAGAAAAAUUACUUCGGGAUUUUACUCGGGAAAUCUGUGCUCUCCUUGCGACUAUAGCUUCUCCGGGGUUAAAUACCGGGCUUCCUUCGUUAGACCAAUCUGGUCAUAUUGGCCGUGUAGACAUGUCUUCUCUCAAAGGUUUAGAUACAUUCAAAUCCAGCUCCAUGGUUGGUUUCCUUUUGAAUCACAAAGGCCUGGCAGUCCCAGUGUUGCAGAUGUGUCUGGAAGCUUUCACAUGGACAGAUGGUGAAGCCACGACAAAAGUUUCCUCUUUCUGUGCUUCUGUUGUUGUUUUAGCCGUAUCAACAAAUAAUUUGGAGCUCCAAGAAUUUGUUUCGAAGGAUCUAUUUUCUGCAGUUAUUCGAGGUUUGACUCUCGAAUCAAAUGCUAUUAAUAGUGCUGAUCUAGUUAGUCUCUGCCGCGAAAUAUUCAUUUACCUCUGUGACAGAGAUCCAGCUCCUAGACAGGUUCUUCUCUCCCUCCCUUGUAUUAAACCCAGUGAUUUGCAUGCUUUUGAGGAAGCUGUGGCAAAAACAUCUAGUCCUAAGGAGCAAAAGCAACAUAUGAAGAGUUUGCUCUUACUCGCUACCGGGAAUAACUUAAAGGCACUUACUGCUCAAAAAAGUGUAAAUGUUAUCACAAACGUUACAGCAAGACCUCGCAGCGCAGUCAAUGCUUCUGAAAGUAGAGUUGAAGAGGGUGAUACCCUUGGAUUGGCAGCCAUUCUGUGAGGGUUUGUUUGAUCUGACGAUCAGGUUGGGAGUUGUACAGUGAAGAGAUGACUAAAAGAUUCAACAUUUUUUUGUUAGCGGAUAAAUGGUUGAAAAAAAGUCGGGUUUUUUUUUUUUUUUUAAUUUUUAUUAGAUAUAUACAGGUUGAAGAAAGAUGCAGCUUUUUGUAUUUGCCAUACCGGGGUUACCCCAAAUGAGAAUUCGAACAUAUAUACAGAUUUCCAUGGCGUUCAGAUGAUGAUCUCCGAGGGUUUAAGCUGGCCAUGGAAAUGAGGUUUUGUAACAGUGAUGUAUUAUUGCAAUGUUGGUUUUGUCGGAUUGAAGCUACAAUGGCAGUAUCUAUUGUUGUAAUAUGCAGUCUGAUAUGGUACCUGGUUUGCUAAAGAUUUGCUGGUGAGGAUUCCAUCUGAUUCAAACUCUUGAAAAGGUUAAAACUCAACCUUUACGUAUGGAUGGAAGUAUGGAAGUAGGCUUGGCCUUUGGUUUAGACUGUCA